AUUCAAAUCAAAAUUCCAUAAAAAGUAUAAUGUUAGGCCACGAAAUAUAAAAUUUAAAUUGUUUGUAGUAUGUACUCUUUGAAGUUUGAAUUUUGUAAAGUGUAGCUAAUAAAUAAUUGCAAAGCUGUUUCCCUAAUUUGCGAAAUAGUGGAUUACAAAAAAAUAUCUACUUAGAAGAGAUAUUACUCAUAACAUAAUUCAUAUCAAUGAUUUAGAUAGCAAAUACUAUCGAGAAAACGAUUAAAAUCAUUCACGCAUUGUUGAAGUAGUUUGGGAACAAAAUACCCAUAAUGGAGAGCGAAUAUAAGUUAUCACAUAAGGCUAAGAAACGUAUUAAGGAUGUAAAGAGAAAAGCACGACCAGAACUCACUGAUAAGCACCACUGGACAGCUUUCAAAUAUGCAACAAACUUUGAAGAGUUUUUAAAAUGUAAUGAUAAUGUUGAUAGAAUAGAUGUAAAUGAAGUAAAUCAAGAGGAGUUUAUUGAUAAAUAUGAGAAAAUUUAUAAACCAGUUGUUAUAACAAAGGUGCAAACAAAUUGGCGUGCUAAUCACAAGUGGACCCUCGAGAGACUUGUAAAGAAAUAUAGGAACCAAAAAUUUAAGUGCGGUGAGGAUAAUGAAGGCUAUAGUGUUAAGAUGAAAAUGAAGUAUUACAUAGAGUAUAUGAAAACAACACCUGAUGAUAGCCCUCUAUAUAUUUUUGAUAGUAGCUUUGGUGAACAUCCAAGACGAAAGAAACUUCUGGAUGACUAUGAAGUUCCUUUGUACUUUAGAGAUGAUCUUUUUAAAUAUUGUGGAGAAGAGAGGCGACCUCCAUAUAGGUGGUUUGUUAUGGGACCACAGAGGUCUGGGACAGGUAUACACAUAGACCCAUUAGGCACAAGUGCUUGGAAUGCAUUAGUGUUUGGUCAUAAGAGGUGGUGUCUUUUCCCCACUCAGACCCCACGAGAGUUGAUUAAAGUUACUGGAGCUAUGGGUGGCAAGCAAAGAGAUGAAGCAAUUACAUGGUAUAAAUUAAUUUAUCCAAAAACACAGCUUGAUUCUUGGCCGAGCGAAUAUAAACCUGUUGAAAUACUACAAAAGCCGGGUGAAACAGUGUUUGUACCCGGAGGUUGGUGGCAUGUUGUAUUGAAUCUUGACGACACAGUUGCUGUAACACAAAACUUCUGUAGCAAAACUAACUUCCCAGUUGUCUGGCACAAAACUGUGAGAGGCCGUCCAAAACUUUCCAAGAAGUGGCUGAAAGUACUUGAAUGCAAAGAACCAGAGUUGUAUAAGAUUGCAAGUGGUAUGGACAUAAAUCAAAGCACCGGUGUUGCUUCGGAUAGUUCGUCUAACAGCAGUUCUUCGAGCAGUGACAGUGACAGUUCUUCUAGUAGCUCUAGUGAAGAUGACAGUGGUCAAGAAAGUAUUACAGCAUCAAAAAAGAAAAGAAGGAGAAAAAUAUGAAGACAAUAAAAAUAUAUAUAAUAAAAUCAGGUAUUUUUGUACUUGUCGCACCAAUAUAGAUAUUCUUAAUAGGCUAAGCAAAGUCUUUUGUAUUACUAGAUAAUAUUAUAGUAAAUUAAAACAAAUGUGUUGGUUUUUCAAAUAACAAUAACUAUUGAUAUGCAUUGUUAAGCUGAAUAAAUUGUAUUCAUUUAA